AUGCUCAAGGGUCUACUAAAGUCGACAUUGUGCUACUUUAAAGUUUGGACUGUAAGGCGAAACGCCAGCCCCGCUUCCUAUUCGGGAAGUAUUGAUCCUGCCGAACUGCAUUGCCUCUCGUAUGUAGAGCCUUCAGAGUUAUUUUGUGUUGGUCUCACUCAGAGAGUUUCGGAUUUCAGGUUUUUCCACCUUGGAACUUGCUCAAGUGGUCUUGACAAUGAAUGUUAUGUAAACCCAGAAGGGUUAGACUCGGCUAGCAAGGAGAAUUUUGCAUUGGAUUCUAUUUUCUAUCCCUUACUUUCCGCAACUAUGACAAAUUUAAUCGCCUAUGUUAAAUACUCCACACUAUAUCCCAUUAAGUGGCGAACCGGUGAUAUUUAUGCCUGGCGUUUCCUUUCAAGAGUCCCUAGCGAUAAAACGGUAGCGGUGCAGACGCUACCGUUCGAUUUAAUAAUGAAAAAUUUCCGCACCAUCAGCGAUGUACUCUCUGCAGAAUACCCACUUGUUAUUCAUAAGGAUCACGUGGCGCCCAUUCUGGUUACACCAAACAUCGCACUUUCAAUGCAUAUAUCUAAUCAAGCAAGCCAACAUCAUACGCCUAUUUCAGUGAGUGUCACUGUCUUCUCACUCGCGAAGAUCGGAACUUUAGGGCCGGAGCUCGGACCUUGGAACUCAGCCUCUCGUUCAUCAUACUGA